UUUCGCUUUACGCUGUUCUACAGACUCCCAGUCUACAGUGCCAGUUCACCACGUCAUGGGUUUGCAUUGUGUCUAUGUCCCCAUGACGCCCAUCCUUGACCCGGAUAACGACUCGACGUCUCUAGACGGCGAUGACUACGACUCCCCUUUAACGGACCUGGAAGACAGUACUGGGAGUAGCGGGUAUAGCAGCCUGGAGGAGACAUUCAGCGAAUCAAGCGGUAGUGAAUAUGGCGGAAAGACACACAAUAAAAAACCACCCGCAAAAAAGCGCGCUAGGGUAGCUAACGUGAAAGCACUCAACACCGGUGUGAUACUAGCAACAAAUGGCUCUGGCAGAAAGAAGAAAACCCUUAGUCUCAUCAUCACUAUGCCGAUUGACAUUCUUUUCGAGAUUUUUGGCCUUUUGGGACCGGUAGAUCUUUUGCAUCUGUCACGCACGACCAAAGCUUUCCGGAAGGUUCUCUUAUCUAAUAAUGCAGUCUCAGUCUGGAAAGCUGCCCGCGUCAAUCGUGGCGGUGUUCCCAACUGCAUGCCUGGCAUGUCUGAGGUCGAAUGGGCCAACCUGUUAUUUGGUGGUUCUCAGUGUUAUGUGUGUGGCACCAAGGGAAUUAUGAGGGUAGACUUCGGUAUCAGACGCAGAGCAUGUACCUCGUGCCUCAAGAAAAACCUGGUUUAUAAGCCCAACUUUUCAUCAACAUUUCCGAGCCUCGAUCCGAUCAUCAUGGAUUUAACACCGUUCACUAACAUCGGUGGAUGGGCUCAUGGUCAUGCCAGUGGCAGCAAGUUUUUUUGGUCGGACGACAUACUGAAAGUAGCAGCUCAGUUAGGGAUGUACCAGAAGGAUGUGCACAUGUUCAAACUAGGUGCCAAGAAAAGGCUGGAAGACUUCAAGCAAUCUCGCAAGAGAUAUGUUGAUUCUGUUUUCAAUCAUGUUGCGAUCUGUGAUGCUUGGGUCAAUAGGGACCGCAAACAUCGUCAAUCGACGGCCACUGAGCUUCGCAGCCAAAAUAAAGAGUUGAUUAAAACUAGAUUAAUUCGCCUGGGCCACGAUACCAACGAUGUGGCGCGCAUGUUCAAUAAUCGUGAUUAUGCCAUUGAUAAGGAACUUACCGAUGCACGGUGGAAACGUUUACUCCCAAGAAUCGAGCACAAUCUUUCUGAAUUGAAGGAACAGUGGCGUCUUCAGGACCAAAGAGAUGCAUCGCGUCUCCGAAAGACGCAUCUGCAGAAUAUGUAUGACAACUACGUGCGGCAGUUGCGAAGGGGACCCGCGCCCCCUUUUGAAUCCUUUUUGGAGCGCCGUGAUGUCGUGGACUUUAUCAACAGUCCGCCUGCUAUGGAACCAGAGAGCGAUAUCAGUGCUUGUCCUGCUUUUGCCGACAAAUUCCCCGAAUUUUGCACUGGGUAUGUCCAUCAAACGAAGCUGGCACUUAUCCAGAGCCUUGGCUCUUAUUCCGGUAUAUCGCAAGAUACCCUGGCGCUACAAAAUCAGGGUAUCAACGACCCUGAAGAAAUCUUACUGCAACUAGCCACUUCUAUUUUCCAAUGCGCCUCCUCGCGCUCUUUGCCUCUGAUCACAUGGGAGAAAGUUCAGUAUCAUAAAUGCCACACGUAUCGCUUAUGGCCGACGACGAAAGUAACUUGCACAUUUUCGAUCUCUCAAUCUGGGAUUCUUGCCGCUCGUUCUUUGUUACGUUUAGUUGGCCUUGAUGUCAAAACUACGGCUGCAACUACCAUGGAUCAACUCCAGCAUCUCUUUUUUUGCUCCAACUGUCCACCUAAGCAAGAAAACGGGGGACUUUACCGAAUGGCGAUGGACUGGCGUCGGAGUGUCAUCCAUUGCGUCGAGCAAUCGCACAGAGAACCUCGCUGGGAGCUCUUGAGUGCUGAGCAACUUCGAGUGAUCCGAGGCCCACAUGCUCCUGAAUAUCCUAAAGCUACUGAUCCAGUGUGGUACUGUAACCAGUGUGAUAGGCAUAACGGAAAACCAGUUAACAAGGCUACUGUCAUUGAUCAUAUACGAUGGCAUGGAACUGCCGUUCCAAAACAAGGAGUCGACUUUAUUUAUGACAUGGCCCCUGUCGAGCUACCGCCACCAGGAAUGAAGUUCUUCAUUUCCCCCCCUCAGCCGUCCCGGCCCUCGGCUAAACCCCAACCCUCGACUAAACCCCAACCCCCGAAUAAUGACUAUCGCUGCAUACACUGCAAUCGCUCACAACGGAGGUUCAUAUUGGAAGGUGUCAAGCAGCACAUCAAACACAAGCACAAAAUCGGCUCCCCAGUUGAAGAGACAGACUUCUGUAAAAUCAAGUAAUGACAUCUCGUCGCACCGUGACCUCCUUCAUCUUUCGCCUCAUAAGCCCUUUAAUACAUCUCUCCAGCGGUCACGUACGCCGACUGAUAUUUGCCUCGCCAGCCCUAAUGUCUAUGUACUUACUCCUG